GAAAUCCAACAUGUGACAAGGAGUUCAAAGUAAAUAUUGCCUUAUAUUAACAAUAUAUACUGAACCAGCCAGUGUGAUACAUCCUUGUCCUCUCUUCUUCUCAUACCUGGUAUUAACUGAACCAGAAAUUAAGAUAAAUUAGAUCAGAUUAAAUUUACAGUCAAACUGAAGCAGCCUCCUCUCACCCAGCAGGACACAUCAGUCACCUCUUCUCAAACUCACGUUUCCCUCUCCCCUCUGUCGUGAUCUGUGCAUUUUCACAUCAUAUGGGCCGUUCUCUUCUUCUCUUUCAUUCUCUUCCCUCUUUUUUGCAGCCGUGCUGUAACCCCCUCCUCCUCUUCUCAACCCUGCGUUCUGUCCCUCUCACCCUCUGUUGUAUCCCCCUCUUUUUAGUAACUAACACUGAAUUCAUUCUCACUCACUGGUCUGUUUGUAGUCCCCUCGUCUCACUGAUUCCUUCUUCUUUCUUUUCCUUUUACACUUCCUUUUUUUUCUCUCCAUCUAUCUCCUGCUUUGGUGCCUUGUAUGCCAGGGUGGAUUCAGCCUGUAACAUCCACACACUGGCUCUGAAACAGAGCUGUAGCAGGUGGGACCCAGUCAGUCUCCCCCCUGCUUCUCUCUCUCUCUUUCCCUCUCUCUUUCUCUCUCUCUCUCCUUCUGUCCCUCUCUCACUUGCUCCCCAUCUCUCCGUCCGCUUUCAUUCAUUUCUGUGUAUGGGCAAGGAGGGUUAACAUGGACUCUUUGGGUCUUUUUAUCCUUCUAAUGCUCGGGUGUUUCCAGUGGACAGCUGCCCCUGCUGCCGAGGAAAUCACCUGGACCUACACUGGCUUGGUGGGUCAGUCUGAGUGGUCUGAGUAUUUCCCUGACUGCGGUGGUACAUCUCAGUCCCCCAUUGACGUGGUUACCACCCAGACUAAAUAUGACCCUAGUUUGAUCCCUGUGAUCCCGCUGGGCUACAGUCAGCACGGCAACAAGCCCUUCACUCUGUAUAAUAACGGACACACAGCUGUGAUUGAGCUGCCAGAGUGGAUGGGACUGGAAGGGCUGCCUUGGCUCUUUACGGCUGUACAAAUGCACCUCCACUGGGGCAGCGGCGGGCCGAGCCACGGGGGUAGUGAACACACCAUCAACGGGCUGAGCGCAGACGCAGAGCUUCACGUGGUUCACUACAACUCUGAACUCUACCCCAACAUGUCUGCAGCGAUGACGCAGAGAGACGGCCUGGCUGUGUUAGGAAUACUCAUCGUGACAGGUGAGGAGACAAACCCGGCAUUUAACAACAUCAUCAACUACCUGAGCCGCAUCAAACACGCAGACCAGAAAGUCUCCAUCCCAGCCUUUGAUGUCCAGACCCUGCUCCCUAAGGAUCUGGGACGAUACUAUCGCUACAACGGCUCCCUAACAACGCCGCCCUGCUAUCAGAGUGUGAUCUGGACGCUGUUCCACGAGAGGGUUCAGAUCUCAAAGGCACAGCUGCUGAAGUUGGAGACGAUACUUUACUCCAGUAAAGUUUCAGAUCCCGACAAAAUGCUGCUGCAGGACAACUACCGCACAACACAGCCGCUCAACCACAGGGUCGUCUUCACCUCCUUCUCUGCAGAAUCAGGGAAGGAGCUCUCCUCUGGUGAAGUCACAGCCAUAGUGAUAGGGGUGAUGUGUGGCUGCGUAGGUCUGGCAGUAAUCGUUCGCUUCAUCGUGAAGACGAUACGAUUUUUUACACUCCUCCACCAUGAAACAGUCGUGGUAAACAGCUCUACCUCUAGCUGGGAUGUCCUGCCCAGUAACCGGCCUGCUCCCAUGCCAAGGACGAAGGAGCCGGAGAAAGCAAAAGAGAAAAAACAAGACGUGGCCCUGAACUCGACCUCUGAAGCAGAAAAGAAAGAAGAGCCCUCGCCGUCACCUCAGACUGAGCCUUAGCUGACAACAUCGUCUACUUCAGGCCUUGUUCAGACAUUCAAACACUCUCCUCCCUCUUGUCAAUAAUGUUAUCACUGAUCUAUGUCUCCUCAGGGGGGCAGAAAGCAAACAUGUUCUCACUCGUAAAAAGCAACAGGAAAAAACAUUCUAUAAACAGCGAGGGAAGGACGUAAACUGGACAUAGGACAAAUCACCUGCUGCCGUGAUCACUUAGCUGUUUCCAGUUUUUUUCCACCCAAAUUCAGAGAUGUUGGCAGUCUUGGUAUCGGACAUUUCUUCAGUUCGCACAUGAAGCACUUGGUGUAAAUAUGUCUGUUUGCUGGCUCUGAGUCGUAUGUUUGCUCUUGCGGUGCCUGGAAUACAUGAUUGAUUCAUGUAAAUACUUUGUAAAGUAUAUAUUUUGUUUGUUUUUUUCCCAUGUUUGGUUAUUUCAUCUUGUUCAUCCUGCCUCGAAACACAAGCACACUGUACUGUAUGAAAUAUAAUAGAGUCAUUUAUUGUUUUAUUAUCAGUGUAAUGUUAUUAUUUUAUUUUGCCUCAAGGAUUAACAUUAGAGCACAUAAGAGUUUAAGCAGACUAAAGUGAUUUGAAGAUGAUGUUUGAUUUGUAUAUACUGAUGCUGUCCAAACAUAAUGGCUCUAAAUUUAAAUCAGCACAUUAUGUUGUAAAUGGAUGAGUUAUAUUUAUGUAUAUGUCUUUAUUCUGUUGGGGGAAAAAAAAGGAUUUUUGGUGCCAUAUAUCUUUGUCUGAUUGUUUUGGCUGUAUAUAACUCUCCAGUCUGGGCACCACAUUAAAAAACUUGAAUGUCAAA